CUUGUUUGUUGAUGCGGACGUCCAAACAACUUUUCUUCGAUCUUGCUCGCCAUGCUCCUCGAGGGCUAGAGCAGAGUUAAAUCGCUGUCUUCAUAUCGACAAUGACCCCGUAUAAAAUUUCUUCUCUCGUUGGCAACACUCACUCCCGGGCCAUUUCGAACUUUUGCCUGUUCAAGUUAAUGCUUACAUACGUCUUGUAUAGAUAUGCCGCGUCGUUCAUCCUAUCUCUUGCCUGUAGCCAAACGGGGUCCGUAGACGCGAGCGAUUCGGAGAUAGUUGCGAUUCAACGAUCUCUCGGGCGUGUAGGCGCUGCUGUGAGACCAGGGGCGUUUAUGGUUGAUGAGUACCCUCUAUUGAGAUAUCUCCCUUUGUACCGUCCAGAGCUGCGUUCAUGGACGCCGAGGAGCUUUCGUUGUACCGAAAUCAAGUUGCAGGCGUCAGGAUACGGUCCAGCCUUACUUUUCGAAGUAUCUCCUUGAGAAUCAAGCCAAGCUCCGGCUGAACUACGACGAGGUCGUAUACCUCGUUGUUACGAUGUUCGGUUCCGGAUCUACUACCACGGCUAGUGCGAUAACCGUGGUGAUUAUGGUCGCGGCAUGUUUUCCCCACAUGCAGACAUGGGUGCAGGAGGAACUAGAU